CCAUGUGCAACCCGAAAAGGCUGCCGGGAAUUAUGCGGCGUGUGUAGUUAUCCGUGACUGCUUGGUAGCCAACUAAAUUUGAAAGAGCUGGAGUCUGUAUAAUAUAGUAUUAUCUCGUAUAUGUAACGGUUUUAUUGAGAAAAUAAAUACAUCUCUGAAAUGGCCGGAAGCGCUGGAGAAUGGUGUUUGAUGGAAAGUGACCCAGGGGUUUUCACAGAACUGAUAAAAGGAUUUGGAUGCAAAGGAGCACAGGUGGAGGAGAUAUGGAGUAUGGAACCAGAAAACUUUGAGAAUCUGAAGCCUGUUCAUGGACUGAUUUUCCUUUUCAAGUGGCAGCCUGGUGAAGAGCCAGCUGGCUCAAUUGUUCAGGAUUCAAGACUUGACCACAUAUUCUUUGCCAAACAGGUCAUUAACAAUGCCUGUGCGACUCAGGCUAUUGUCAGCGUGUUAUUAAACUGCACACACCAAGACGUGCUCCUUGGAGAUACAUUGACUGAGUUCAAAGAGUUCUCCUUAAGUUUCGAUGCUGCUAUGAAAGGCCUGGCUCUGAGCAAUUCUGAAGUCAUACGUCAAGUCCACAAUGGUUUUGCAAGACAACAGAUGUUUGAGUUUGAUGCAAAGUCAUCAGCGAAAGAUGAAGACGCCUUCCAUUUUGUGAGCUAUGUCCCUGUCAACGGCAGACUCUAUGAGCUGGAUGGCCUUCGCGAGGGACCAAUAGACCUCGGUGUAUGUAAUCAAGACGACUGGAUUAACGCAGUGCGACCAGUCAUUGAGAAAAGAAUACAGAAGUACAGUGAAGGAGAAAUCCGCUUCAACCUGAUGGCCAUCGUCUCAGAUCGUAAAAUGAUCUACGAACGCAAGAUCACAGAACUACAGACCCAACUCACAGAGGAAGAGCCCAUGGACACUGACCAGAGCAGCAAUUUAUUCAGCUCCAUCCAGUCCGAGAUUGCCAAGUACCAGCUCCUGAUUGAGGAGGAGAACCAGAAACUCAAGAGAUACAAAAUUGAAAACAUCCGAAGGAAGCACAACUAUUUGCCUUUCAUCAUGGAACUACUGAAGACACUGGCAGAGUAUCAGCAGUUGAUACCUUUGGUGGAAAAAGCAAAGGAAAAACAAAGUGCCAAAAAGAUCCAAGAGGCGAAGUGAUGUCUCGCCGUCGUCAUCAUCGUGUCAUGUCAUGUGUGUUUGUGUGUGUGUGUGUGUGUGUGUGUGUGUGUGUGUGUGUGUGUGUGUGUGUGUGUGCAAGAGAGUGGUUGAGUUCAUAGCACCCUGCCGGUUCACUCUCGCCUUCCCAGCCAUCCACCCAAUACUAGUACAAGGAGUAGAACAAGCACUCUGGACGGUCACUGUCAUUCUCACAUAAAUGUUCAUCCACCGCAAGUGUAUGCAUGCAGGAAAAAAGAUAAUAAACCUGGAUUAUUUUCAUAUGAACUUCAUGUGUGUUUACCAAUGUCAUGACUACACUGCAUUAAUUCAACAAGGGCAAAGGACGUGCAUUAUAUGUGAAGUAUACACAUUCCACUCCAUAUUGGCUGACUUUUAGACUUUUUGUAUCCUGACUAAGCCACUUUGUCUUUAAGGGGCUGAUGUCUGUGUCACAUGAAAACUGAAAGCAGAACCUUUAGAGGUUUUCAGAUGAUGAACUCCCUCCAAACGGAAACUCUUUACAGUUGUUAUUUGAAUCAAGAAGCUGACCGAUUUAGACAGAGCGGUACGACUGGUUCCCAACUUGGCAGACGUCGACAGGGGAAGUGACGCACGCUCAUGAGUGGGCCCACCGCGGUCAGACCAAAGACGCACGCCGACACCAGGCACACAUGUCCAAACGCGCUUGCUCACGCUCACUGACCUCCCACAACGUUGCAAUAGUCACAUGGGUCAUGAUCCCAGCAGGGUUGUUUUUACAGCGGAUGCAAAUAGAUCAGAUCGCUAAUUCACAUCAGAGCUGGAAGUUGUGUGAAGUUUUCAGAAGCCAAGUGUUUAUUGCAGGAAAGGGGUCCCAGUUGGAUUUAUUCUAUUUCUCUGGUUCUGUUUUUUUAAUGUUUUUAUUACUGUCACUUGGUACACAGAGCUUUGUGUUAUGCAUGACUGUAAUUUUUUUGUUCCUGUUUUGUUUUCUCCUAGUAGAGUAGAUACUCCGUCUAAGAGGGUUAAUGUCAAGGGUACAGCAUACAGCCUGAUAUCUUGGUGGUGAACCAUUCUUUUUUGUUGUAUGUUCAACCUCUCUAUUUGGGAAUGUGUGUCAACAUGGAGCUGUGUAUUGAUGUGCUCACUCGCCGCUUUGUUUUGUCUUUGCAUGUGUGAAGUGCAACAAUAGGUUAUCUGUUUUCAUUUACUGUUUGUUUACAAUAAGCUACAUUUUCAGCCAAACCACUGGACACUUUUAUAGUGGCAUUAGAUGAAGGCGAUAAGAGUUUCACAAUCACAAACAUCUGAAUGGAAAAAACAAGUGUCGACUUCCUUGUGCUAAUUUUAACAAUAGAGCAUGUGUGAGGCACAUCAACAAACGUGAAUUCAUACCUGGGGGGAAAAAAAAUUAAGUCGUCUCCUGAUGUUGCCAAGCGCUCAAUUUUUCCAGUCAUAAGUGUGGCCUGUGUAAUGUGAUGGGUUGCUGCCAAGAUAAGGUGUACCAAGGCAACCACAGCCAAGAGAUAAAUCCAACCGUUUGGAGAAAAAAACUCCUUUGAAGUGUAUAUUAAAACUACUCAACAAAGCUCUUACCCUAUUUGCGUCCUGUUUGAGAACACUGAGGCAUCUGAAGGGGCAUUUAGUAGGUACUGUAUGAUACGUACUAUUUGAUAUGUUUGGUCUGUAUUAGUGUAUGUUAGGCUAUUUGUUCUGCUCUCAUGUCUGCUGUUCAUCAGUUCUGUGAAUAUGAGCUUUGCCAGUGGACAGAAAUAGUCAAACAGAGAAGGUGUCUGUUUAGUGUCGCGCAGGGCGAUGAGCUCAUGUAUGCAAAGCGAUUUGAAAAUAGAGAAGAGCUGUAGAGCCAGCAUGUUCCCAGCCUCACACAGACAUCACUGAGGUCUUGUUGCGUCUGAUCUUGAGUCUGUUCCUAUUUGUGCUCGGAAGAAAGAUGCAGUCAGCAAAUGUAUUUUUGGGUAGCUUGAGAAGGAUAUCCACUCAACCAGUAAAAAAAUAUUUCUGUUCCUUAUCUGUCAUGUUAUAAAAAGGCUGGUGGACAUAUUGAUUGCAUUGGUGUUAAUAUUACAACUCACUUUAAGUGUCACCUUUAAAAUAAAAAAAAGUUUACCUGUA